AGGGUGUGUUCAGAUGUGGCGGUCAAGUCCUGAAAUCCCCAUGAUAUACCAUACAAUUUGCUUGCUGGUGAAAUUUGUUGCCUAUUAUAAAACAUCUUGGUGCUAAAAUGACAUAAACAGUUUACAGCAUCCAGGGAAUAGUCACACCUCAGCAUAUGGGUGUCAGCCAGACUGUCAAUAGUUAAAUGCUGGAGGAGACUAUUAGUCAAACAGGAAGAGGUGUGCAGAGCUGAGAUGUAGGGGGUGGAGGCACCAGAGAUCCAGGUGAGGAGGCCACAGGCUGGGAAAGAGGCACUGAGGGCUAUGUGAGGACUCUGAUGUGACCUCCAAAGGUAAGAGGAGGGCUGCGACUGCACUGGUGUCUACAGGUAGCAACAGUAGGGGUUGUGGUGACACUGUUGUGUAGCAGGAGCUGUUUUUCGAGUCUCUUCCCUCCCGGACGCUGCAUGGUGGACUGUGGGAUGUAAGGAUUUACCGUCACCAUACAGAAAAGAACUGAGAGACUGAACAUAGCUGAAGAAUCGCCACCAUGUCAGUGGGCACGUUACAGUCCACAGGGAUGGGGGCUCCGCUUACUUCCGUGAUGCCCUUCCGUAUCCUUAACAAAGGUCCGGAAUAUUUUCGACGACAGAUGGAGAACGGAGCUCGGAAGCCCAGUGCAGUUGAGAGACUGGAGGCCGAUAAAGCCAAGUACGUCAAAAGCAAACAAGUGGUCAGCACCAAGCAAGAGCCCAUCAGGCCCCCACUAUCCCGGCAGCCGCUCUUCUCCCCAGGUGUUCGGAGGGUGCUGUUGACCCCCAACCGCAGGGGCUCCCCAACUGCAACUAGGGGAGAAAACCGAGGAGCCAAAAAGUCCCUCAAUCUGGAGAUUCUGAAUAACUUGAUAAACAUUUGUGACAGUCCUCUGACUUCCCCUCGGGCAGAUAUUGUGCCUUGGCAAGACAUGGAAAAGCCACAGAAUCCAUCAACCCCAGGCACGCCGGUCAGCCAACGGACUCCCAGCACAACAGCUGUACGCAGAGUGGACGUUCGCCCUGGUGACACGCUGCAUCCAUCUCCUUGUCCAGAUAUCCUUAUCACCCCAGUGGCCGAGUCCCCCAUUAAAUCGUGCCUCUCCUCCGGCAGCCCCCUCUGCUCGCCCACUGGUACCCCGAGCGAGAAAGGUAAAAAACAAACUCUUCUACAUCGUUCCAAGUCUGACCUGAGUGACCGCUACUCCCGGGCCAGUGCUGACCUCGAACGUUUCUUCAACUACUGCGGCCUGGACCCUGGGGAGGUUUCCAACAUUGGAGCGGAGCAUUUUGUGCGGGCGAGCUCCGAUAUUGUUUCCGUCAAGUUCCAUAGCGUCAGUGCCGAAAGCUCUGAGUACGCUCAAUCCCAGGUCAGCGCAGCCACCCCCGAAGAAACCUCAGCGACUACACGUAUUCCUUAUGGGAUUUCAAUCAUUGAACGGAACGCCAGGGUUAUCAAAUGGUUGUAUGGAUUACGGCAAGCCAAAGAGGUCCAAAAACUGUCUGCGUAGCAGGAGGACCUCACGAGAGACCAUCUCUCUGCCUGGGAGUACUAUAGACUUUGCUUCAUAGUGUUACAGAUACAAACCAUUGGCCUCCUACCUUUUCAGCUGUUGCGAAACUAUAGUUUCCGGUUGUCAGGGCAUGCUGGGAGUUGUAGUUUUGCAACUAGGAGAAAUCAGAUAUAAACGCUGAAUAGUAUGGAGACCAAGCCAAAUGCUCGUGCUGAGACUAGUAGUGCCUACCCGUCUUGGAUCUAGCAUGCGAGAUGAACCAUAGACAAGCACAACAUACAGAUGUUAUGCGUUAACCCAUUCACCCCCUGCUCUGCUGACAUACUUGAAUCUGCUUUUCUCAGUUCCGAGCAGGUGUCGGUCCUAAUGCUCAUUGUAUAGUAACUGAGCCUGGAGUCUGCAGCGCACCCUCCAGGGCAUAGCACAGUGUUUCCCAACCGGGGUGCCUCCAGCUGUUGCAAAACUACAACUUCCAGCAUGCCCGGACAGCCGAAGGCUGUCCGGGCAUGCUGGGAGUUGUAGUUUUGCAACAGCUGGAGGCACUCUGGUUGGGAAACACUGGCAUAGCCAAAUGAUCCCUACUUCUGUGUACAAUACAGCAGGGUCUUCUUACAUAGCCUAGUGGUUUGUAUUAGAGAGAAAAAGCACAAUGCAAAGCAGAAUUUUAGAGAUGAGCGAACUUACAGUAAAUUCGAUUCGUCACGAACUUCUC